AUGGCUUUAAAUUUUGAUGCUAAGGGAAGAAGCCUGAGGGCCCGAAAGCCAACAGAGAAAGGUGCCGAAUAUUCGAAAGAGUUAAGGGCAGGAAACUUAAAUAAGGUUUUAGAAAAGACUACCAAGGGUGUCUCAGGUAUUAAAGAUCUUCUUGAAGCAGGGGCCUCUCCUUCCGUUAUAGCGGAAGGGUACAAGAACUGGAGGGUGGACUACAAAGAAUGUUUGAGUAGUUAUGAGUCAUACAAUGAGGUAUUACCACAUGAUUUGCAGAAGCAGGACAAAGCCACCUUUAAACAAUAUGCAAAGGACCGAUAUAGUAAUUUCAGAAAGGAAAUGAGGUCAUGGAUAAAGGAACAAGACGUUAGUACAGACAUAGGCCCUGGUGAUAGCGUUUCCCAGAUUGGAUCUUGGGGAUCACUGGUGUCAAGAACUUCACUAAGUUCCAUCUCUUUUGCUCGGGCUCAAGAAGAGCAUAAAAUUAUUGAGCUUUCAGCUAAAGCAGCCGGUCUGAAGAAGCGUCAGGUCUUGGAACAGGCAAAGUUACGACUAGUGAUGGAGGAGGCACAGUUAAAGCUUCAGGAGGAAGAAAUCGAAAUAGAUACGGAGUCGGCCAUCUCCAAUGCCAAGGCCAAGGUGUUGACUCAGCUGGAGUCAGGGAGUUACCAGGCUUCCAUGGCGGAAAUCAAGUUGGCAGAGCAAGAGCCCAGGGACCAUUCGCAGUAUGCCAGCCCUAUCAAAGCUGAUCAAGCUCCACUGAGAGAGUCUGCAAAAACAUUCGCUCCAAAUCGAACACACACAGACGAAAUUCACACACCACGAUCCCUUGAAAACUUUCAUCGCAAUGGAACUACCUAUUACUAUCCUCCACCAGCUACCCAGACGGCAUCUAAUGAUGUACUUGUAACAAUGAUACAGGAGAUGAAAAAGCCACAGUCAGACAUCAAGAAAUUCUCAGGAGACCCUCUGGAAUACAGACGUUUUCUGAGACAAUUUAAUUCCCGCAUUGUGGCCAACACCAUCGAUAGCGAAGAAAGGAUAAAUUACCUUGAACAGUACACGAGUGGCGAAGCUAAUCGGAUUGUCAUAGGCUAUGCAUGUAUUGAUGCUUACAACGGUUACCCAGGUGCCCUUAAGGAGUUAGAAGAACGCUAUGGUGACCCAGAAAGAAUAGCACAUGCCUACAUAAAGAAGGCCCUAGAAUGGCCAAUGGUCAAGGCUGACGAUGCCAGAGGUCUAGAUGAAUUCUCAAUAUUUUUAGCAGAAUGUGAGAAUGCCGUCCAAGUUGAUGGAUCAAUCAAAAUUUUGGAAUAUCCAGACAACCUCACAAAGCUGGUGCUCAAGCUCCCAUACUAUCUUCACGACAGAUGGAGAAACAUAGUCGGCACAAUUAAAGAAAGGAAAGGCAUCGUGAGAUUUGAGAACCUAGUCGCCUUUGUUAAGAAGGAAGCCAAGAAGUCCAUCGACCCGGUCUGGGGCCGUGCAGCACUUGCAAAGGAAGACGGAAGGAAUAAAGAAGCUCCCAGAGGUGGGAAGCCAGCGCCAGUCCAGGGAAGGUUCCGAGCCAAGGGAGCCUUUGCCACAACAACUCCAACAACUCCGAUACCCAAGAAGCAAUGCCUCCACUGCGCAAACCCACAACACAGCAUUGAUCGAUGUGACGCCUUUGCUGCUUUACCCACGUGCGAAAGAGUCGAGAUCGUGAAGGCAAAGCGAGCAUGUUUUGGAUGCCUAAAAUUAGGUCACAGGAGUAAGGAAUGUAGAACGCGGCUAACGUGUAGCCAUUGUCAGAAGCGCCAUCCAACGGUCUUGCAUAUGGAUGGAGAACGUCCAUACCAGCCAUCCACCAAAACAGAAGAAAGGAAGAUAGAAACGGCACCAUCCAAGCCUACUGUGAACUUUGCAGCAACAGAAAGUGAUCCAGAAGUUACCAUGGCUAUUAUACCAGUCAAGGUCAAGCUCAAGAGCAGCUACAGAACUAUAGACACAUACGCCUUCCUAGAUCCCGGCAGUACCGUCAACUUUUGUUCAGAGGAGUUAAUGAGGAAACUAGGGGCCGGUGGGAGGAAGACAAGGAUUACUCUAGAUACCAUGGGAACAGAGCAUACAAUGCAGACGUAUGUUGUCAAAGACCUGGAGGUUUGUGACAUCGAAGGCCAUAGCUCUGUGGACAUUUCUAAAUUGUACACGAAGGACAGCAUCCCAGUGUCGUCCCGUCAUAUCCCAAAGAAGGAAGACAUAAUCAAGUGGCCCCAUUUGAAUGAGGUGAAUCUUCCAGUUAUCACAAGCGAGGUCGGCCUCCUGAUAGGAAACGGAGUUCCGGAUGCCUAUUCACCUCUGAAGUCCCUCACAGGUCCACCAGGAAGUCCUCAUGCCGUUAAGACACGACUCGGUUGGGUUACCUGGAAUGUAGUUCGCAGCAGUAGUAGCUGCAACAGACCAGAUAUCGGCCAUCCAGUAAACCAUGUUGAAGUCACAGCAGUCGAAGAGCUAGAAAGGCUAGACAGACUAGUGAGAAGCUCCAUCAAUCUAGAUUUUCCUGAGAAGGGAAUAGAAGAAACUGAGUUUUCACAGGAGGACAAGCAGUUUAUGAAGUUGAUGGAAGAAUCCAUUCAUGUCAAAGAUGGUCAUUAUGAAAUGAAGCUACCCUUUCGAAGAGAAGAUGUCCGACUACCAAACAACUACACCCAGGCCAUGCAGCGUCUUUCCAGCCUCAAAAACAAGAUGAGCUGGAAUUCCAAGUUCCACCAAGAUUACAGAGUUUUUAUGCAUGAGAUUAUCAACAAGGGAUAUGCCGAAGAAGUCCCAGCAGAUGAAUUAAAUCCAGAUGACGGUAAAGUGUGGUACAUCCCCCACCAUGGGGUGUACCACCCAAGAAAGCCUGAAAAGAUACGAGUAGUCUUUGAUUGCUCAGCAAAGUAUGCUGGAAUAUCUAUUAAUGAUGUACUACUUCAGGGCCCCAACCUUACGAACAACCUGGUUGGUGUUCUUCUAAGAUUCCGUCGUCAUCCAGUUGCCAUCCUAGCUGACAUCGAGAAGAUGUUCUACCAGGUUCAUGUAGCUGAAGAAGAUAGGAACUACUUGAGAUUCGUAUGGUGGCCUGAUGGGAGCUUAGAAGCAAAACCGAAGGUAUACCGCAUGAAGGUUCACUUGUUUGGAGCAGUGUCGUCCCCAAGCUGCUCCAAUCUGGCUCUACAAAGGACAGCAAAGGACCACAAAGAAGGCUACCAAGUUGAGACGAUCAAUGCCAUGCUGAGAAGCUUCUCUGUCGAUGAUUGUCUCGAGUCCAUUGAAUCUGAAGCAAAGGCGGUGGCACUCAUCAAAGAGUUAAGAAAAAUCUGCCAAGAAGGGGGUUUUAAGCUGACAAAGUGGCUCAGCAACAGACGAAGCGUUUUGGAUUCCGUGCCGACGGAGGAAAGAAGCAAGGGUGCCAAGACUCUAAACUUAGAUGAAGACGACUUGCCGACUGAGCGUACCUUAGGAGUCACCUGGCAAGUUGAGACAGAUUCCUUCAGUUUCCAGAUAAAUAUCCAAGAUCGCCAAGCAAACAGAAGAGGAAUUCUCUCAAUCAUAAGCUCAGUCUAUGAUCCCCUUGGUCUUGCAGCUCCAUUCAUCCUACCAGCAAAGAUUCUGCUACAGAGUCUUUGUCAUAAGGGCCUCGAUUGGGACCAAGAAAUAUCCGGAGCAGACCUUCAUAAAUGGCAAAUAUGGUUACAAGACCUACCAAAAUUGGAGAACCAUGUCGUACAAAGGUGUCUGAAGCCACUGGACUUUGGAGAUGUGAGCUCAAGCCAGCUCCAUCAUUUCGCAGAUGCCAGCGAAGUUGGGUAUGGUACCGCCUCCUACAUCAGGCUAGAAAAUACCAGGGGAAACGUCCAUUGUGCUCUUCUGUUAGGCAAGGCAAGAGUAGCCCCUCUCAAGAAAAACACCAUCCCUAGAUUAGAACUGGCUGCUGCAGUCACCGCCGUAAGGAUGAACCACCUCAUCGUGAAAGAGCUUGACUAUCCAGUUGAUGCCACAUACUUCUGGACGGACAGUACCGCAGUGUUACGCUAUAUAAGGAACAAGACAAGUCGCUUCAAAACAUUUGUGGCAAACAGAAUUGCUGUUAUCAACGAGGGAUCAACACUUGAACAGUGGUACCAUGUUCCCACUAGUGAAAAUCCAGCAGAUGAUGCCUCAAGAGGUCUUCCAGUCAACCAGUUCCUUGAGAAUGGUAGAUGGACGGGUGGACCAGACUUCUUGCUGAAGCCCCCGGACGAGUGGCCAAAGUUCAGUUUUGAUGCAGAUACAGCCACAGAGGAGGAUCCUGAAAUACGGAAAGAGUCUAAAUCCGCAGUGAAUGCAACUAUCGUCGAUAGUACACCAUUGGCUAGUCUAUUUGAGAGAGUCUCCAGAUGGCCAGUAAUCAAAGGAGCUGUCGCCCGAAUGCUGAAGUGGAGAACAACACAGACGGGAGAGGAUAGGCAAGCUAAUCCCACUGUAAAUGACCUUGAAGAAGCCGAAAGGAAAAUCAUACAACAUGAACAGAAGAGCUUCUUCUCGGAUGAGAUCAACGCCAUUGAAAAGGGUAUAGAGCUCCGACGGUCCAGCCCCAUUCAGAAUCUAGACCCGCUUAUGGAAGAUGGAAUUCUUCGGGUCGGGGGCCGACUGAGUAGAGCACCAGCCUUGUCAUAUCAACAGAAACAUCCGAUACUGAUUCCAAAGCAGUCCCUAAUCGCCACCAGGAUAAUUGAGAGGAUUCACAGAGAUGUUGGUCACCUGGGUAGAGGUGCGGUCCUUACGAACCUAAGAGAGAGGUAUUGGAUACCGGGAGCCAUCAGCCUUAUAAAGCAGUUCAUCGCCAAAUGCGUCAUAUGCCGUCGCUACAGGGCCAAAGCUUUGGAACAGAAAAUGGCAAACCUACCAAUAGACAGGGUGAUCGGAGAGGAACCACCAUUCACAAGAAUUGGGAUGGAUUAUUUUGGCCCCUUUGAGGUGAAGGGAGGCCGAAGCGUUUACAAGAGGUAUGGAGUUGUAUUCACCUGCUUUGCCAUCAGAGCAGUCCACAUAGAAUUAGCUCAUACGCUCGACACCAGUUCCUGUAUUCAGGCAUUAAGGAGAUUCAUGGCUAGAAGGGGAGCUCCUAAGGUCAUUCGCUCAGAUAAUGGCACUAACUUGGUUGGGGCCAAGAGAGAGCUGCAAGAUUCCAUCAAGCGCUGGAACAACGAUCGCAUAGCCACCUGGCUGCUCCAGAAAGGCGUAACCUGGGAGUUCAAUCCACCAGCUGCCUCUCACUUUGGUGGUGCAUGGGAGAGGCAAAUACGGACGAUCAGGAAAAUCCUGUUCUCACUCCUCCAAGAACAAGUCAUCAAAGUCGAUGAUGAGGGUCUCGCGACAUUAUUCUGCGAAGUCGAGAACAUCAUCAACAGCAGACCGCUAACACAGACUUCAGAAGACCCAAGCGAUCUAAGACCAUUGACACCAAACACGCUACUGACAAUGAGGUGUGAGGCCAACCUACCGCCCGGCCUCUUUGAUAGGAAGGAUUGUUAUGCUAAGAGACGCUGGCGACAGAUGCAGUUUCUGGCAGACGCAUUUUGGAAGCGCUGGUAUUCAGAGUACCUACCAACCCUACAAGAGAGACAUAAGUGGAGGAGAACAUCGAGAAAUGUAGAGCCUGGAGAUGUCGUGCUCGUAAUUGAGAAUUCGGCACCUAGGAAUUCAUGGUUGCUCGCGAAAGUCGAAUCAGUCAAAAUCGACGGCAGUGGUCACGUGCGAUCAGCCAGCGUACGCACAUCUCACUCUCUCUUGGACAGGCCUAUUGCCAAGCUAUGUCUUCUAGUAGAAGGUAACAAAGGAGAAGAUGAGCUUCCAAUUGCUGAAGAGACGUAG